AUAAAAUCAUAUUUAGUCCUCCUCUAAGGGAAGUUGGAUGUGGGCAGGGCGACAACAAAUAAUUUUUAGAACUGUAGACUGUAGUGGUGUUUUGAUGAAUCAUUGGCUUUGAGACACGUUUAUGUCUUUAACUUGGCCGUUCAGAUUCUUUAUUUAGACGUCUUAGUAAAGUCUGUAGCUGACUGCCACCAUAAAAGUAAAGUCCAGUCGCCAACGUUCGAAGACAAUAGGGCCUAGAUCUAGAUCUAGAUCUACCUAAAAAUACUAAAACUAAAAUAAAAUAAAAAUUAUAAUAACAUUGGACGCCUUCUUUUCGGCAUCUGGUAGACUACUCGUGAUCCUGUGACAAGCGUCGAAAGUUACAAAAGUAAAAUUGUGCUCCAAGAUGGAAGUACCAGACCUUGCAAGCGCUGAGCAAAGAAACUCAGAGAAGUCUAAAAUGGAAGACAAGCAGGAACGAAUUUUGCUCUCCCCAUACAAGUACAUUUGUCAAAUUCCUGGAAAGCAAAUUAGAACAAAGUUGUCUGUUGCCUUCAACCACUGGUUGCAAAUCCCAGAGGACAAACUCAAAAUCAUAUCUGAUGUUAUUCAGAUGCUUCAUAAUGCAAGUCUAAUCAUUGAUGAUAUAGAGGACAAUUCCAAGUUACGGAGAGGCAUUCCAGUGACUCAUUCCAUCUUUGGCGUGGCCCAAACCAUCAACACAGCCAAUUACGUCUACUUCCAGGGGUUAGAAAAACUUUUCACUCUGGGCAAACUAGAGCAGACAACGCGAGUGUUCACAGAGCAUCUACUGGAGCUUCAUCGUGGUCAGGGCAUGGACAUUUACUGGAGGGACGCCGUCGUCUGCCCCACUGAAGAGGAAUACCGGAUCAUGGUCAUCCGAAAAACAGGUGGUCUGUUUGGGUUGGCUGUUGAGCUGAUGCAGCUUUUCAGUGAAAACAAAAGUAAUUUCAAGCCUUUAUUGGACACAUUGGGCUUGUAUUUCCAGAUACGAGAUGAUUAUGCCAACCUCAGCUCCAAGGAGUAUGAAGCGAACAAAAGUUACUGUGAAGACCUGACAGAAGGAAAGUUCUCCUUUCCCAUCAUCCAUGCAGUGAGAGCGAAUCCAGACGACACGCAAGUGCUGAGCAUUUUGCGUCAAAGGACAACUGACAAUGAUAUAAAAAAGUAUUGUGUGGAGUACAUGGAGAGGAUGGGCAGCUUUGAGUACACUCGUAAUGUUCUCAUGGACCUGGAAAAACAAUUGGUGCAGGAGAUAGCAUCUCUGGGAGAGAACCCAUACCUGACAGGACUUGUCUCAGAACUGAGGAAGAUCUACACCCUAGUGGCUGGUUCCAGCUCAUAGCAGAGAAGGGAGGACUAGUGCACUUUUGUAUAUAGCAACAACCAGUGCAAUGACCUCACUUGGCUGAGGACUGCGAUAUUACUGCCUCCAACUACAAGUGAACAGCUUUAAAUAUUGUCAAUUGAAAUGGGAGAAUUUCGUUGAUUUAAUGUAAUUGGAAAGCAUAAUUUGUGACAACCGUAGACUUUUUUUUUACUCUUUAGGACAAGGCGAGGAUGUAACCUUACUUUUAUUAAUUUUUAAUUUUGAAGAAUUAAUUAAUUUGUCCUUGGAGAUGUUCCUGUAUGUUUUUUUAUUCACUCCCCCCCCCCCCCCCCCC